UAAACCACUGGGUUACAGACGCAAUAAAACUGAAUCAUUCCAAUGUAAGCAAAAGUCAAUCCAUGUGAACUUUGACCUUUCAAAAGUGGCCUUUUUGAGUAUGUAUGUAAUAACGAGGGAUGUUCAGACACUUGAGAACUUAAAAGAAGAGUUCAGUUCCUUCGGUUUCAGUUUUGUAAUUAGGUUAUCUCAUAAAGCUAACCCUGGUCCGUUACUGUGACAAUCGGAGGAUUUUGGUUAUCAAAUCUGUCUCAAACUUCGCUCCAAGCUUCUUCGAUCUUCUGAGUGUGGUAUCUUAUCACUUACAAUGGUUAAUGCAAUCAAAGGAGUGUUCGUCUCCUGUGAUAUCCCGAUGACACAGUUCAUAGUUAACAUGAACAAUUCGAUGCCUCCGUCUCAGAGAUUCAUAAUUCAUAUACUUGAUAGCACUCACUUGUUCGUGCAGCCACAGGUUGAGCAGAUGAUUCGCAGUGCUAUUUCUGAUUUUAGAGAUCAAAACUCUUACGAGAAGCCCACUUCUUAGAUCACAGUCACAUCACUUCACACUUUUUUUAUCUUCCAUCUCUUUGUUCUGCUUGUGAUUGAUCACUUUGUCACUCUUUUUUGAUGAUGAAUAAACGGAACACACGUUUGUUUUGUUAAGAUA